GUGAGCAGUGAAAUGGCUGAAGGUGGAAUUUUACUGGAUCAGGACCAGUUCAGCUGUUCAAUCUGUCUGGAUCUACUGAAGGAUCCGGUGGCUAUUCCUUGUGGACACAGUUACUGUUUUGGCUGUAUUAAGGGCUACUGGGUUCAAAAUGAUCAAAUUGAUGUCUAUAGCUGUCCCCAGUGUAGAGAGACCUUCACUCCAAGGCCUGUUUUAAGAAAAAACACCAUGCUGGCUGAAGUGGUGGAGAAACUGAAGAAGACAGGACUCCAAGCUGCUCCUCCUGCUCACUGUUACACUGGACCUGGAGACGUGGCAUGUGAUGUCUGCACUGGGAGAAAGCGCAAAGCCGUCAAGUCCUGUCUGGUGUGUCUGGCCUCUUACUGUGAAACUCACCUCGAACUUCAUGAUGAACUCAACCCAGGAAAGAGACACAAGCUGACCGAUGCCUCUGGAAACCUGCAGGAGAAGAUCUGCUCUCGUCAUGACAAACUGCUGGAGAUUUACUGUCAGACUGAUCAGCAGUGUAUCUGUAUGCUGUGUAAAAUGGAUGAACACAGUGGCCAUAAAACAGUCUCAGCUGCAGCAGAAAGGACUGAGAAACAGAAGCAGCUGGGGGUGACACGGGGUGAUUUCCAGCAGAGAAUCCAGGAGAGAGAGAAGGAGCUGCAGGAUCUGAGACUCAAGGUGCAGUCACUCAAGCGCUCUGCACAGGCAGCAGUGGACGACAGUGAGAGGAUCUUUACUGAGCUGAUCCGCUCCAUUGAGAGAAGGUGCUCUGGGAUGAAACAGCUGAUCAGAGAUCAGGAGAAGGCUGCAGUGAGUCGGGCUGAAAGACUCCUGGAGCGACUGGAGCAGGAGAUUGCUGAGCUGAAGAGGAGAGAUGCUGAGCUGGAGCAGCUUUCACACACAGAGGAUCACAUCCAUUUCCUCCAGAGCUGUCAGUCUCUCUUUGUCCCUCCUGGAUCUGGAGACUUUCCCAGCAUCACAGUGAGCCCAUAUUUUGAUUUUGAGGGUGUGAGGAAAUCUGUCUCUGAACUGAAAGUGCAGCUAGAGGACAUCUGCAAUUGGGAAUUCAGCAAAAUCUCUCAAACAGUGAAAGACGUCCAUAUCCUAGAGCCCAGCACCAGAGAGGGCUUCUUACAACAUUCCUGUCAGCUCACACUGGACCCCAACACAGCACAUAAACACCUCUGUCUGUCUGAGGGGAACAGAGCGGUGACCCAUAUGAAAGUGGUCCAGUCAUAUCCAAAUCACCCAGAGAGAUUUGACUCCUGGGAGCAUGUGCUGUCCAGAGAGGGUCUGUCUGGAUGCUGUUACUGGGAGGCUGAGUGGAGUGGGAUUGGGAUUACUUUUGCAAUGUCAUAUAAAAACAUCCGUAGGAAAGGGAAGGGUGAUGACUCUCAUCUGGGAUAUAAUAAAAGGUCCUGGACUUUGUUCUGCACACCCUCCAGAUUCUCUUUCACCCACAAUAGUAAGAUCACUGAAAUCCCUGUUCCUUCCUCCUGCUCCAGAAUAGGAGUGUACCUGGAUCACAGGGCAGGAACUCUGUCCUUCUACAGCGUCUCUGACUCAAUGAUGCUCCUGCACAGAGUCCAGUCCACAUUCACUCAGCCCCUCCAUGCUGGCUUUAGGGUUCGGCACGGAGCCUCUGUAAAGCUGUGUGAUCUGUGA